UGCCCUUUCCUUUCCCCAUUUUCCCCCAAAACCUUCUCUAAAACCAGCUUUUUCCUUUGCCUUGAAGAAACAAAAAACAGAAGACAACAUGGGUCGAGCUCCUUGCUGUGACAAAGCCAACGUGAAGAAAGGACCAUGGUCACCUGAAGAAGAUGCUAAGCUUAAGGCUUAUAUCGAACAGUAUGGCACUGGUGGCAACUGGAUUGCUCUUCCUCAGAAAAUUGGUCUUAAGCGAUGUGGGAAGAGUUGCAGGUUGAGAUGGUUGAAUUAUUUGAGGCCAAACAUUAAGCAUGGUGGAUUCUCUGAGGAAGAAGACAACAUCAUAUGCAAUCUCUAUAUAAGUAUAGGAAGCAGGUGGUCCAUAAUUGCUGCACAACUGCCUGGAAGAACUGAUAAUGAUAUCAAAAACUACUGGAACACCAAAUUAAAGAAGAAACUACUUGGGAGGCGCAAACAACCUAGUAACAUCCAUAGGUUAUCGAAUCAAGACCCUAAUGAUCCUCAUCAACCUACUGGUUCAGAUGAUAAUCAAUUCUCUCAGGGUUUGAGUAACUCAGCCCUGGAACGUCUUCAGCUUCAUAUGCAGCUCCAAACUCUUCAGAACCCUUUCUCUUUCUAUAAUAACCCUGCUUUAUGGCCUAAGAUUCACCCCUUGCAAGAAAAGAUGAUCCAAAACAUGCAGGCUUCUAAUGGAAACCCUAACCUUCUCAUGCAACCUCUCUUGCCACCAAACCCUCAACCUGCAAAUGAACAAAGUACUGUUCAUCAACAAGAUUAUCCAGAAAUCAGCAACACUAAGGGACUUGAAGGGCUUGAUAAUUGUUUAGAUGGGAUAUCUCCAUCAGAUGGCUCAGUUCCUUUUGGCAACGGAGACAAUUUGAUGGACUCAACCAGUACUGCUGCUGCUGUUCAACCAGUUUCCAGCUUCCAGGUCGAGCUGGAUGUGUUUCUCAAUAACAAAAGUAGUACUACAGGUGGGUAUCCUCAGGAAGACCAAAUGGUUAACCAACUGGAUUGUUUCAGAGACAUCAAUGGUUCAAAAGACAGCUUGAUCUGGUGGCCUACUGAUUUCGAUGCAAAAUCAGCUUCAUCCAACUCUUGGGAUUCAACUUCUGUUCUUCAAUCCAAUGGAAUGUUUCAAGAUUUUGAAUUAGGUUACCCUAUGUAGCAAGAGACAAAGAUAUCAAAAAAAGAAAAAAGAAUAAUGUAGGGAUUGGUUUACUACUGUUUGAGCUUAUUAUGUGAUAGACAUAAAAUGGGGGAAGAAGACUGGUGGAUUUAAUAUGAAAGACCGUGUAAAUUGUGUGAAUAAUAAUGUUAAUUUCGUUUCUCAGUA